CUGUCACGCUAAACAAUGACCAUAGAAGUCGGCAAGGCAGCACAAUAACAGUUUUGGGAACAGGCUCAUUCACUACCAUUUGAAAUCAGGAAAGGCAAAAUGCACAGUACAAAAGUGCACUUAAUAUGUUAAGGUUAGCAGGUUGUAUGACUUGGUGGCUGUGCCAGCUAGUGACCACUCUGCAGAGCUGCCUCCAGAACAAGACUCAGGACAAAUAACGCUCUCCUUCCUGCCCUUUCUGCAUCUUGUAGAGGCCUCCUAUGUUGCCAGGACAACCAGAAGGGGCUGAACCCGUCCACGUGACUCCUCUCUUCUCCUGCCUCCGGGUGUAGUGUGUGUUGUCUGCUGCCACUGUGACAGAUUUGGGGGAAAGAGAAAGUGGUCUGCUCUGGUCUUGCCACCAGACAGUGGAGUUGGUCGUCUGGACCGAGAGAGCAGUCGGGCGUUGAGAGAUGGAGCUCUCUGCGGUCGGGGAACGCGUUUUCGCCGCGGAAGCCAUUCUGAAACGCCGCAUUCGCAAGUCUCGCCUAGAAUACCUAGUGAAAUGGAAAGGAUGGGCACUGAAACACAGUACCUGGGAACCAGAAGAGAAUAUCCUGGAUGACAGACUGAUCGCAGGAUUUGAACAGAAAGAGCGUGAGAGAGAACUCCACGGACCAAAGAAGCGGGGACCCAAACCCAAAAACCUUCCUGCCAAGGCACGUGGAGCCCAGAAGAGGGAGACCUCCACCCCUCGAGCUCCUCGCUCCACUUCUUCCUCUUCUCCUCGAGCCCCUCCAUCCUCCUUCCCCUCCGCCUCUCCAGCACCCACCCCUAAACUCAACUCCCUGGCAGCGACACACAAGCUGAAGAAAGACAUUCGCCGCUGCACUAGUAUGUCCCGCCGCCCCUUACCUCGCCCCGACCCCCUGGCCUCUCCCGGAUCCUUCUCCGGCUCCAGUGGGUUCCCCUCGCGGCCCCCCGUCUCCCCCUUCUCAGAGACCGUCCGCAUCCUCAAUCGUCGCGUCAAACCACGCGAGGUCAAACGGGGUCGCAUCAUCCUAAACCUCAAGGUCAUCGACAAACCAGGAAGUGGAGGCGGGGGAAGGGGCGGCGGGGGUAACCGGAGGGCGCCAUCCGGCUCCAUGUCCCUCCAAGGGGGUCGUCAGAACAUCCCCUCCCGAAAUAGGAUCAUAGGGAAGAGGAGUGGAGAGGCUCCGUACCGGCCAUUCCAGCCCAUGCUGGGGUUCCCCAUGUACGGGAAGCCGUUUGGUCUCCAGUGUGGCGGCCCCGGACUUCUACACCUUCCACACUCAGCUACAGGCUCCAGCACAGGGACCUCAGGGGCUAGGGACACCCAGCCACCCCCCUCUCCCUCCAGCUCCAGUGGAUCCACCACACCUGCCCAGAACCAUCCUACCCCUCCUGGACCCGCCACUGGGGCCUCUGGGUCGGCUCCCAACUUGAGCACCCAGGCUUCGGCCUCCUCUGCCCAGUCUACCCCUAGCCACCCCCCGGAGCUCCAGAAGAACCAGAACGCCGAACAAGGACCAAACCCCCUCCUCCCCUCCCUCUCCUUUGCUUCCGGAUCCUCCUCUUCCUCCUUUGAUGAAGAGGAGGAUGAUGCUGAUGCUCUGGACCUUUCCGCACCUCAGGAGGGGAAGAGGAAGCUUCGCCGUCGGCGCCGGCAGAAACGCCAGCCGCCCUCUGUCAGUACCGCUUCCCCUCCUCACCCCGCUGCCGCCAGCUCCUGCCCCUUGACCUCCAACCCUCAGAGGGUCCCCGCCGAGGGCGACCCCGACUGGCACCCGGAGAAGGUGGCGAGCAGCGCCAACGUGGUCGUGACCGACGUCACCACCAACCUCCUCACCGUCACUAUCAAAGAGUUCCCCUCCCCCUCAUCCCGCCCCUCCUCCCCCCAACCAAUACACCCAGAAAAUACCACCUCCUCACCCCAACUGAAGAACCCCCCACAACCCAAGCCAAUCGAUCGCUUUAGCCCAUCUCGCCGCGCUGCCGCUAUGAAGUUCGUUGUAGUCUUGGUCGGUGCUGGUUCCGUGGUCUUCCUCGGCGCGGUCAUCUGCAUCAUCGCCAGUGUUUACCCGCGGAAAGCUGCCGCGCCCCAGGACCUGUCCGACAACGCGACUCUGUCUGCUGAGCCCUUGUUUUCCCUGGGCUCGGUGGCUCACGCCGGUCCAUUGGGCGCUCUCCAUGGUUCUGAAUCCUACGAGGGCGGCGGAGGAGGCGGCUUGGGGCUGGGGGGUCCCUCCACUCUCAACGAGCUCAGCCCCGGGGAGGUGACCGGUGGUGGUGGAGGGGCGCCGAAACAGUUCAGUUUCAGCCGGCUCAUCUGCACUCCGAUUCCCGUCGGAGAAUGCAAUGCCAAGAGCAUGAAGCAGCAGGCGGACGACCCUUCACUCUAUGUGGGUGAAGACUGGAGCUACCUCCGGACCACCGCGGACGACCUCCGGCAGACGGUGGUGCAGCAGAACGGACAGAUACUCAUAGAUCAGCGGACCAUCCGUGAGCUGACGGGGAAACUAUCGGAGUGCGAGACCGGCCUGGAGGACGGGAGUCCCGGGCACUCCGAGAGGAGCCUGGGGGCCUGGGCGGGCAACCGCCGACUCAUGGCCGGGGAUGAUGUGAGCUCAUCGGCCGCUGUGCAGCUGCAGACCGCUAGAGCCGUGGAGGAGCUAGAGAGGGCCAUUCUCAACCUGAAAGACCGCAUCGAAAAACUGGAGUUGGAGAUCGGCCCUGCUGCCCUGAACCUCUCCGUUGAGACUCCAUCCCCCAGCACCGGUGUGGGCGUCAGCAGUGGCAUCGCUACUAAAGUUCAAGGGUCACCAUCAUCAGCAUCAACGACAGGAGGCGGUAGUGUCUCCUCGGGGGGGCGAAAGGCCCCUGGGGGCCCUGGCAGAGGAGGCGGAGGCCCCUGGAAGGACCUGGAAGGAGAGCUGGAGAGGAAGAUUGAAAUGCUGGAGAAAGAGCGGAAGGCGCUGAGGAAGGAGACACAGACACAUCACAAACAGAUAGACCAAGGGAUUGAUACUCUACACCACCGCAUUGCAGAGCUGGAACAGAGUCUGACAGAGUACAACUAUCCAGACGGCUAUGUCCUCUCCUUCCCCGUGAGGACCAGAUACAUGUACGGCCUGGUGCGGAGAGAAAUGCCUGAGAUGUAUGCCUUCACCGCCUGCGUCUGGCUCAAGGUGAAAGAGGGGGGUAUCGGCACCCCCUUCUCCUACUCCGUCCCGGGACAACCCAACGAGCUGGUGCUGCUGCAGGGGAUACACAACCCGGUAGAGCUUCUUAUCAACGACAAGGUAGCUCAGCUGCCCCUGUCCCUUGCCCAGGGUGUGUGGGAGCACAUAUGUUUGAGCUGGACCCUCAGAGACGGGGUAUGGAAGGCCUACCAGGGGGGGAAGCUGAAGGGGCGCGGAGAGGGGCUGGCCGCAUGGCACCCCAUCAAGCCAGGAGGAGUGCUCAUUCUGGGGCAGGAGCAGGACACGCUGGGCGGUCGUUUCGACGCCUCCCAGGCCCUGGUUGGGGAGCUCUCCCAGUUCAACCUGUGGGACAGGGUCCUGAAGCCUGCUGAGGUAUCCGCUCUGGCUGCCUGUUCCUUGGGCACACUGGGCAAUGUGGCCCCCUGGACAGACCAGGACGUGGAGGUCUACGGAGGGGCCACCAAGGAGGCUGUGGACCCCUGCAACCAGCCACCCCGGGCCAGCCCCAGCUCUAGCCCUAAACAGUGAGGGGUUAGAUGGGUUGGUAGAGGGGUCUCUUGGUUGUUAUAAAGGGUAGCCGCUCAGUGAGGCCAGAGGGGUAGUUGGUUUGUUGAUGCUCCUCAUAAGAGGGGGGUUUAAGGUGUUUUCCUGGGGCAGGGGUUGUGUGAUGGGAAACUGGGGUAGAGAUGGAGAGUCAGUUGAGUUGUUUUAAAGAGGCAUUGCUAUUUCCAAGAGAGGGUGGGUGUGCUUGAGGAAGCCUUUCGGAGGGUCUGGGAUCAGGGGGCGUAGAGAUUAGUUGAGUAGGAGUGUUGUUAUCUGGGUGUUGUUCACCCACUGAAGGUGUUAACGUCAACAGCGCUACAGCUGUUGAGAACAACACCCAGACUACCUUUAGCUCCGCGGCCAUGUGGGAAGAUGUUAAGGGAAAGGUGCUGCUUUUUUUUUCACCCCUCUGAUUUGUGUUUUAGAGAGUUGGGGGGGGGGGUUCUCAGCCCCCCAGGGAAGAGCUACAUACACCACGCCUCAUCUCAUCUCAUCACGUGUUCUGAAGCUUGUGCUUCUAACUUUGGAAUAGGGAUUUUCUUCUGCUUUUGGAGAUGUUGCUCCUCAACUGUGUUUGUGAUCAACAACGGCUCGGUAAAAGUCAGCGUCUGGACUGCUUUUUCUACUGCGCAUUUUGUUGAUUUUCUUUGCAGCAAUGUUUUUUUUCGGUCUUCUUUCUAUGUAUGUCUGUUACGUGCUUUCAGAUCAACCUGUUGCGACUCACAAAACCUCUCACAAAGAUGCAAUUGUAACGGCCCAGAACAACGUAUUGCCAGAGAGAUAGCUGUUGCGAGUCACAUGGAUCAUGUAAAUUAAGACGUCAAUUGAUUUCUUAGAUUCAUAACAUCCAUCUGGUUGACUUAAAGAGGCAGUCUGUUGAGUGAUUCAUAUCAUCCAUCUGGUUGACUUAAAGAGGCAGUCUGUUGAGUGAUUCAUAUCAUCCAUCUGGUUGACUUAAAGAGGCAGUCUGUUGAGUGAUUCAUAACAUCCAUCUGGUUGACUUAAAGAGGCAGUCUGUUGAGUGAUUCAUAACAUCCAUCUGGUUGACUUAAAGAGGCAGUCUGUUGAGUGAUUCAUAACAUCCAUUGUGGCAGGAUCGCUUUGUUGUUGUUUGAACUGCAGAUUGGCCCUUUACAGUGAUUUGUGACCUGUCUCAAUGGUUUUUAAAUGUAAAGCUGAUGGAAUGGAAUGUAUAUCUGUAUGCAUGAGAAAAGCUUUUUCAAAAUUAGAGGUCAGAGGUCAGAUUUCUAAAUAGUCCAGCAACAACACAAAACCGUACAACAAUAUUAACUAUUGAAUGGUGCGCUUCACCCCACAAAGGCCUAAAUGAAUACGCACCUCAAAGAAUGUGUAUUUAGCUUGAUCUUACCUUCACAGAAUUGCUUAAUAAGUGGGUACAGAAGGGACAUUGGGACACUGAUGUUGAGUUGGGGGGUGUAGUGAAGAAAAGUGUACCCGGAUUAUUGGGUGUCCUUCCCCCCACUUCACCAUCGACAUAUGGUUGUAAAGUGCCUGUCUGGGUGUUACACGCCCAAUGCAAAUGUCAAAUGUAUUUUAUUCUCUCUCUCUCUCUCUCUCUCUCUCUCUCUCUCUCUCUCUCUCUCAUUCUCUCUCUCUCUCCUGCUAUUGGUUAUGAUGUUAUUGUAACCAGCUGUGAUGUCAGUAAGUGUUGUGCUUGUUCAUCUUGUGCACCUCCAUGGAUCUUCUAUGAUAUUGUGACAAUAUGUGGAUGAAUAAAAUAAAAUGGUUAUGAUGUCGUAAGGAGGUA